AUCAAAUAGUAAAUUUAUGCCAUGGUGUGACUUAUGGCAGCUAGCAAACCAAGAUAAGUUUUCAAUAUUGCAGUUCUGAUUUCAUUCAUUUUUUCUCGGUCUCUGUGACUCUCUCUUUCCUGUUAGUAUAUAAUUUUCUUCCCCUUCUUUUCCUCUACUGUCCUAAGUUACCUAGGUUGCUGGGACCCUGCCAUAUCAUGUGCCGCGCUAAGAAACACACCAGGUUUGGGUUGUAGCUAAUGACCAUGCAUGUCUGAGGUGGCUGGUGAUACCCUGAGUUGGAGAUCUUGCCUUGAAACUGUUUUUGUGCGGCACUCUUUAUCAACAGAGAUGACGGAGUUACGACGGACCCAUACCCAACUUGCUCGGCCUCCAAGCGAUGCAUGUGAGACAAGAAUCGUCUCACCGGUUCCUGUUCUUCACUGGCACUGCAGACCGCCUGGCAAUCAUCAUCCGUCCUUCGCCCUCUUCACGACUCUGACAGGGGCAAUUCUUGGGCUCGGCUGGCGAGCAGCAACUCCACCGGUUAGCAGUCCUGGCGGGGCUACGGGACCCGAAACUUGUCUCCUCCAAGACAUCAGAUUCAGGAUACUCAGCUCGAACGGUCGGGCUGGCUGGGAAGGUAAGAGUCUCUGGGGAAAACGAGUUGACGCGCAUAUGGCCGUCAGAAGGGGUCCAAGGUUCGAAAAAACGGUCCAGACUGUGAUCUGUAAGCUUCCUGCAGUUCACCGCGGUUGGGCCAGAGGGUUAUCUCUGGCCCAACAGCGGGUUGCCAAGGCUCUCCCGCUUGAAGCUUGGCCUAUUGUGUCUCACCGUACCAUGUUCCCUGAUCGUUGCUGUGUUCUUCUCUGGGUUGCGAGGAUAAUACCUAUCCGGAACGGGCAUCGGAACACGGACAUUGUUGUGGACGUGUGAAUGCAAAGCAAGCUGUGCGAAGUUUGCCUCUUGUCAGUUCUGGGCCACAAUUCCCACAUCGUGAUCGACCUUUUGAAAUGCGCUGAUCGCCCGCUUCCGGGCCGGACCCCAAUCUGAGUCUUUACGAGACAUCCUAUAGAUUGAGACAGACGACAGACGGGAGCGAUGGGAAGAUGAUCAGAAGCUGUUAACGGGACAUCAAGGACUGACAGAUGUAAAAGACUGAAC